AUGGCGGAUUACCACUAUGGAGGCUCAGAAGAAGAGAACGUGGAGCUUCGAGGUCUAGAAGCAGAGCUGGUCGAGGACCCGGAUAACUUUGAAACGUGGGAGAAGCUUGUGCGCGCCGCGGAGGCUCUAGAGGGUGGCAUCAAUCGCAACUCCAACCCCCAGGCUAUCACCACCGCACGCCAUGCCUACGAUCGAUUUCUUGCGAAGUUCCCCCUUCUCUUCGGAUACUGGAAGAAGUAUGCCGAUAUGGAGUUCUCCAUCACUGGCACAGAAGCCGCGGAAAUGGUCUACGAGAGAGGUGUUGCCAGUAUUUCUCCAUCAGUUGAUCUAUGGACCAAUUACUGCGGUUUCAAGGCUGAGACUUCACACGAUGCCGAAAUUAUUCGAGAGCUUUUUGAGCGUGGUGCCAACAGUGUAGGCCUAGAUUUCCUGGCGCAUCCCUUCUGGGACAAGUACAUUGAAUACGAGGAGCGCGUGGAGGCUCAAGACAAGAUUUUUUCCAUCCUUAGCCGUGUUAUUCACAUUCCCAUGCACCAGUACGCACGAUACUUUGAGCGCUAUCGUCAACUAGCGCAGAAUCGUCCACUGGCCGAACUCGCAUCUUCAGAAGUGAUGUCUCAAUUCCGUGCUGAGCUAGAGGCUGCGUCAUCUCAGGUUCCCCCUGGGGCUAAGGCCGAUGCUGAGAUCGAUCGUGAUCUCCGGUUGCGCGUUGAUAACUACCAUCUCGAGGUGUUCUCCAAGACUCAGACAGAAACCACAAAGCGGUGGACCUACGAAUCGGAGAUCAAGCGCCCUUACUUCCAUGUGACGGAGUUGGACGAGGGACAGUUGACCAACUGGAAAAAGUACCUUGACUUUGAGGAAUCCGAAGGUUCUUACUCUCGUAUCCAAUUCCUGUACGAGCGCUGUCUUGUGACAUGUGCCCACUACGAAGAAUUCUGGCUUCGCUAUGCCCGAUGGAUGACCGCCCAGGCCGGCAAGGAAGAAGAGGCACGCAUCGUUUACCAACGUGCUAGUGGUCUUUACGUCCCAAUUUCGCACCCUGCUAUCCGUUUGCAGUAUGCUUACUUUGAAGAGAUGUCGGGUCGCACUGAUGUCGCUAAGGAUAUCCACCACGCUAUUCUUUUCUGUCUACCUAGCCAUGUUGAGACCAUCAUCUCUCUGGCCAACAUCUCCCGUCGCCAUGGCGACUUGGAAGCUGCCAUUGAGGUCUACAAGUCUCAGCUAGAUUCUCCGCAGGUCGAAAUGGCCACCAAAGCUGCCCUUGUUGCCGAAUGGGCCCGUCUCCUGUGGAAGAUCAAGGGCACUCCCGAUGAUGCCCGCAAGGUGUUCCAAGAAAACCAGCAGUAUUACCUUGACAGUCGUCCCUUCUGGGCUAGUUAUCUGAUGUUUGAGAUUGAUCAGCCUACCAGCGCUUCAUCCGAGUCGAUCCAGUACGAGCGCAUUAAGCAGGUCGUUUCCGAUGUGCGGUCUAAGAGUACUUUGCUCCCAGAGAUAGUAAAGGAACUAGUUCGGAUCUACAUGGCCUACCUUCUGGAGCGAGGCACCAAAGAUAUUGCGAAGGAGUACAUGACCCUGGAUCGUGAGGUUCAUGGGCCACCAUCGGUUGCUGCUCCCCGAACUGGUGGUACAGUUGCAGUCCCACCUACUCCUGCUGAUGGACAACCCACUCCUAUCCCCACAUUGUCUCAGCCUGUACCCGAACAGGCAGCUUCAGGACAAGACCAAACAUACGCAUACUACCAGCAGAACCCCGCCAACGGCCAACCCGUUGCUUAA